UCAUGGCCGAUCUCUCCGAUACAGAAGCUUAGUUGCAUUAUUGUGUAACACUUUUUAUCCUCGAUUUCGAAUUAAACACCCAUCUUCCAGCUGUACUUUUCAAACAAUAAUUAUAGAAGAGAAAUUGUUUACUUUGGAUAAAAGUUACGAUUGCUCAUAUAAACUUUUAAAAUCUUUCUUCCUUUAUAAAACCCGCCUGCUACAGUGAGAUACUAAGCGGACACUUGAAUUCGCUACAUCUGCUUUUCCCAGUCACUUUUGCUGCUGUAGCUGACCUGAAUGUAUAUCAGAAAGCCCCACAGACGGGUACGUCUACCUGCAUCACAGCAUCGACUCCCAGCUGCAUCUUUGGGCUCUCCCCCUCCUCCCUGCCUCAUCCCCUUUCCCUCUCCCUGCUGCCGAGCUUGAAGGCAGACGUCUAACAAGAACCAGCAGCGGUAGAUACAUCCUCCUGAGCAAAGCAUGGACCCUCCCGAGACACCGCUUAACUGUUGGAAAUGGUUUAAUCAGUAUUUUGGAGGAUUCAUAACUGUUCUCUUCCUUCCUGCUUCGCUUUUAACCGCACCUGUGCUGUGGAGACCAGCUGCUACCUUUGAUCACCUGAGAGUUUUCCACAGCGGAAUGUCACUGUCAUUGUUGAUCACAGCCACCGCUUGGUAGGAUCGAUCUGAUAGCAAGAACAAAGCAGGUGGCGCUUGAAAGCGUAGUUUGCUCCGUUGGGCUCAGUACCUAGCGCCAAGGGAAGGAACGCAGGCCUAACCUGUAACGCUACUCUUACACAUUCGGGGGACGUAACUCGUUGUUUUCGUGAGCAGGACACUGCAACUGUCUGCCUCCGUGUCCGUAGGAUACUUCUCAUUUGUGGUGUUCUGUUUCUUGAAAGAUCAAGACAAACAACUCUUCUUCUGACCGUUUGUUUGUGGCCGGAUGUGAAGGUGGUUAUUCAUUGUUUGUCCACAAUAGUGUUGAAGACACCGGCUUGUAAUGUGGCUUACAUUCAGAUCCAUUUGGAUUUCCUACCAGGAAGUUGUGCAAUAUUUUUCUUCUGGGUGAUUAACAUAACACCCUCACCAAUCUGGACAUCAUUGUUCUCAGCUGACAUCUAAGAAGCUGAUUUUAUAAUGUCUUCUGUGUAAACAAGUGUGUUUUUCUGGACGUAGCUACUCUCGGCAUAAACCAGUGAUGUCAUUGGCACAUGUGAAGAAUCUGAGCCACUGGUUCAAACGUCACGUGACCAGAAUUAGUUGUGACAGCAAAACGGAAGAUAAAUGUUUUUUACAACUAUCUCAUUAAUCUAUUGUAAGUUUUCUUUCUUAUGCUUUGGUGGUAAGGUGGUGUUGAAAAAAUAUUUAAUAUUUUUUUUCCACUGUAGUCUGAACUUUAUGUUGCACUUAAAAGCGCUUCAAAGGGUUCUUAUUUUUAUAAAAGAAAGGAAGAGAGAUUAACCGACCUUUUCAAGGAGGGCAUUGUGGGAAAUCACAUCUCUUAGACUUUUUCUAUUUUCUCGAACGUUUACAGUCUAACGCUAAUCCAGCGUGACAGGAAACAAUUGAACAAGACAGGGAUAACUACAUUAGCACCAUGCAAUUUUCUAUUCCAUUUGUUUUCAUGUCUGUCUUCGAUUCAAUUUUUCUAGCCUUUUGUCUCGUCUGUUCGUUUUGUCCCUGCUUCUUCUGCUACACAUCCCCUUUUAUGAUGAUAAAUAACGAUUCCUCCUGUGUUCAGAUCUUCAAUAUAGCUGAUAAGCACUUUUCGAAAUGUGCUUUGACGGUUGUGCUCUUUAUUUGAAGAUGUACAGCUAUGAAUAAUAUUCAGUAAUUGAAUGCUUUGGCAGAAAAAUUUAUAGCUCAGAAGGUCGUCUACCGAGUAAAAUGAUGAUGUCGUUAGCAAAUGUUUCGGUAACAAAAAACUGUUCAAUCAGAAUUGUGUAAACGCCAUUAAUUAUUCAGGUGAAUAUGCUGAAUUUUUUUUAGCGAAGUAACAGCUGUUUGGAAUGUAAUAUGUGAAUACUCUUUCACAAUCCGUGCGAGCUUUUAGUUAGCCCCUUGACUGUUUAUUGAAGACCAUAUGGGAAAUCAAGCUACAGUGAGUAAGGAUGUCGCGCUUGGGAAUGUUCAUAAAUGUAUUUAUUAAUCGAUCUUUGUUUGCUCGAGUCCAUCACCACGGCCAACGCCAACCACCACUAUAUUUAGUUUUGCUACUGUCACUAAACCUUAGUCUAUUUUAUUUUCUGUUAACAAUGACAGCAGACUUUCUUUGGCAGAGAUCAUGAAGUAUUUAAAAUUUCCUAACAAUUCUCUAGACAAACUUUUCUCCUCCCAAAAGUCCUCUUAGGGUGUAAAUUGUAAAUUAUUUACCGCUGUGGGAUGUUUGUGGCAAACACGUUCUCAAAACCUGACUAAAAUUUCCGUGGGAUCUGGAUGGUCUGCCGGAGCUAUUCUUCGCGCAUGUGAAGUAUGGAUGUGCACGAAAUGUUUCUGGACAUCACCAAUGACACACAGUGCAGUGGUGAGGGUUACGAGGUGCAAACGGUGUCUCCCAUGGCGUCGGCCGCCAACAACACGACCUUCUACCCUCUCGUCAAGCAGCCAUUGCACAUGGUGCUGCUGCUGUCACUGGUCUACGGGUCUGUCUUGCUGCUGGCUUUGCUUGGCAACGUAUGUGUCCUGGUGGUGGUUGCGAGUGACAAGAGGCUUCACUCUGCCACCUACAUGUUCAUCGCCAAUCUGGCGGUUGCUGACCUUCUGGUGGCCAUUUUCUGCACUCCAAUCACGUUGUUGUCUAACAUUUUCAGUGGAUGGAGAUUUGGUGCUUUCAUGUGCAAAGCAGUGCCGUACCUUCAAGGUGUGUCUGUGUGUGCUUCUGUCAACACACUGGCUGCCAUUGCAGUUGACAGGUAUCUAGCUAUAUGUCACUUACUGCGGAUACGAAUGACAAUGAGAAUGGCGCGGGUCAUUCUAGCUGGCAUCUGGUUGGUGGCCACCACUGUCACAGUCCCUUGGGCAGUCUUCUAUAACCAGGGUGCUUUCGUCCAGCCCCAUCAAAUCAUACCCGUCUGCUACCAGACUUGGAAAAGCAAAGAAGAAGAGCGCAACUUUUUCCUGGGCGCCAUAUUCCUCUUCUGCUACGUCCUGCCCUUGUCCUUCAUCGUGUGCUGCUACUUUAUGAUUGGCUACCGCGUGUGGAACCGCGACGUUCCCGGCAUCACCUCGGAACGCGGCGUCAUCCAGAAGUCAAAGGUCAGAGUCCUUAAGAUGCUGGCUGUGGUGGUGCUACUCUUCGGCCUCAGCUGGCUGCCCCUCUACAUCAUCAACCUUAAACUCUACUUCUUCCGACCCGCCGACGACAGCGACGAGAUGCACAUCAUCCACAGCUCCGUCAUCCCGGUGGCGCAGUGGUUAGGGACGUCCAACAGCUGCAUGAACCCACUGGUCUACUGCCUCUUCAGCAAACGCAUCCGCGACCGAAUCCGCCUCAUCUUGACUUGCGCCGGGAGCGAGGCUCGUCGCUCCUUUUCGCGUUACUCCAGCACGCGUCACAUGACCGUGGACUAUUCCAACGGAAGGGUCAAGUUGGCCUUUCGGGUCAACGUUACCCAGGCCGGCACGUCCUUGUUGCCCACCAGACCCCUGCCCCGGGUGUCCUGCGAAGACAGCGGGGAUAAUGUGGCCCUCGCGACCCUCGACAGCACUUUGACAUAAUGAUUUGAGAUUGUUAUGCUGUGGCCA